GGACCCGUGAGGCCCCAGAGGGUGGAGAGGAAUGGGGCGAGCUAGAGGGAAGCCAAGUUCAGCUCCAAACGGAAGAACUCGGAACGCGGCUGACCCAGGCCGCGCGCCGACGGCCGAGGCGUCACUGGCAGCGCUGCGCCGCCGGACCGCGUUGCGGGCAGGCGGAGGCGUCCGGGGCCCCGCGGAGGAUGGGUGGGGUCGCGGCCUCGGUCUGGUUCACCUCCGCGGCCCUCCCCCGCGCCCAGCCGCGGCCUCUCACUACCCGCCGGCCGCACCCUAGCGCGAGCCUCCGGCCCACUUCCUGCCUCCGCCCCUCCGGCCCUGGCAGAACUUCCUUUGCGAAACUGGGCCGCCCCGGGCCCUGGCAGGAAGUGCCCUCCCGGCUCCCCCUCGCCUGCUGCCCACGGUGGCCGCUAGAGGCCUCUCUGUCUUCGCCGACGCCCGGGCUCCCCGGCGCCGGGCCUCUCCCGCCGGCUCCCUGCCUGGGCGCAGACAUCCCACCCUCUCCCCGAGGCUGGAAGGAUGAGGGCCGGCCUAGAACGAGGCCCUCUCCCGGCGGCGGAAAAGCGUCACGAAGCCAUCACCCGGGAGGAAAGGACGCAGCACCCUCGCUCGGCACCCUGAGCUCCAGUCCCACUCUGAGCCAAAGCCCGAGAGCCCUUGGCCGGGUCAACACCGAGCCCUGCCUGCCUCCUGCCCGGCCCUCCUCGGGGUCCUGCUCUAUUUCCUGCUCUCCAUGCAAACACUCGCGCCCCCCAGAUUUGCAUCCUGAAGGGCCUGUCACCGCAGAGUCACCAGCGCUCCCAACUUUGAGACCUCAGCCAGCCUUCCACACACACACACACACACACACUUCAUCCACAGAGUUCAAUGCAACCACAUGGAUUGUGGUGCCAGGCACCGUGCCAGGACCCGGGGGUAUGCCAUGACUAGGCUGCGCUUCUGCUCUCAAGGAACUCACUUCCUAGUUGGAGAACAGACAUCUGAAUAUGUUGUCCAAACCUGAAAUGCUGCAAGUGGGGGGGCAAGAGAUAACAUGGGGGGAGCACAGGGGCCAGCCUAACCUCCCCUGGGGGUACAUGGGGAGCCUGGAAAUCCUUGCGAAGGAUUUGGGAAGGAGGCAAGGUUCAGGGGAAGGUGGUCUGUGCAGGGAGGUCCAACAGGAAAGGAAGCCAAAGCCUCAAGGGACACAGUAGGGAGCGUGGGAAGUGACAGUUUCGAAAUUGCACACAAGGGGGGAAGGAGGGGAAAUGACACUGCAGAAAGCAGGAGCGAGAUAACGCAGAUCUGUAGCCAGACGAAGGGGGUGGCCUUUUCCUUGCAGGCAGGGGGUGCCCCAGAGGGACACUGAGCAGGAGAGAGUCAUAUAGAAACCUGGCAGCCACCCCCUGGAAGCUAUAUCAGGGGUGUGUGCUGUUCUGUCCGACUCUGUGACCCAAUGGACUGUAGUCCACCAGGCUCCUCUGUCCAUGGAAUUUU